AUGCCAAACGCUCGACAAGAAGCAAGUCUCACACAAAUUCGUCGACUACUUGCCCGUUGGGAUGAAGGUUCAACGAAAGUUCGUCGGCAAAUUCUAAGAGAUUUUAUUGAUUUGCAUAAAGCGAUCACAGAACCGGAACUUGAAAGUGAAUUUGCUCAAUCAGCGAGUUUAUUUUUUACACGUAUAACCUCUUGGUUACGUAUUACAUAUCUUUUUGGAACGUGUUUAAACGAACAAUUACGAGCACUUCGUGUUUUUCUUCAAUCAUCAACAGGAAAUAAAUAUUUAGGCGAAUUUCUUGAUGUUGGUGGUCUUUUCACUCUUCUCGAAGUUCUCAACGUCAAUCAAAUCAAAGAUGAAGAUAAACUACAAGCAUUGGACUUAUUGAAACUAAUCGCCGAUAACGGUCGAACAUACAAAGAACUGAUUUGUCAAUCAUAUGGUAUUCGAGCAAUAGCUGAAUGUAUGGCCAAAUCGAAUACAAGUGAAAGAACACAAAAAGCUGCUCAAGUUCUACUUGAUUCCUUAGCUUUGGGAAAUCCAAUCUAUAUUCAACAAGUUUACAAAGGUCUAAUCGCUAUUCUUUUAUCUACAUCACCAAAAGCACAAGAAUUAGCUGUCGCACUUCUUUGUAAACUUCAACCACAACUUGAAAAAGUCCAUGGAAGUUUACUCGAACCAGUUGUUAAUCUUCUUCAAUCAUAUCAUGCUGAAGUUCAAUAUCAAGCCAUCGAAUUGAUACAGAUUCUUAUGUCACAUAAAUGGAACAACGAAAAUACUGCUGCGGUUCUCGCUGAACAGUUAGUUCGAUGUUUGAGUGAAUCGUUGAAUCACGAGAAAGCAGACAUUGAUGAUGGAGAUGAAAAUACUGAUUUGAUUGAAUCGUUAAAAGGUGGUCCAAUGCCGAUAUACAUUCAACAAGCAGCGAUUUGUAAAUGUAUUCGUUUAUUAACCAAUCAACGGGAAAGAUUCUUACGAUUGAAUAUUGUUCAUUUACUUUUAUGUGUCAUGGGAAAUGAAUCAUAUCCCGAAAGUCAACGACAGGCUUCAUUAACUCUACAUGAAUUUGUAGAAAAAUAUUCGAUUGUGUAUGACAAAGUAUUGGAAGCACUUGGUGAACAAUUAUUCGAAAUAUUCUAUCGUGAUCCUGAUGGAUUUUACUCGGAGAUGAAUUCGAUUCAAGCUGAUGUUUGCCGAUCGAAUCGCGUUCAAAUGUCAUUUGAGAAUUCGACAUCGAAUUAA